AUGAGACGAGAUGCUUCUUCCGAGUUGCAGGACUUCAAGGGAGGGUCGUUAUUUUUGCAAGCUGCUUCUAAAGGCGGGUUGGUUUACAGGAAGGAUCGAAAGAAUAACGUUUGCAUCACAUUGUUACAUUGUACCCGGGAUCAAGGUUCCGCUGCCAUCGCUGCAAAACAUAAUCAGUGA